CCUAUACUCAAAAUCACAACACUUCAAAUUACUAAUCAAGCAUUAAUAUAUACAUUUAAGAAUUAAGAUGAAGGGAGUGGCUUUGAUUUUUGUGGUGGUUCUGGCGGUGGUUUCACUGGCGGCAACGCCAGGGGAGGCCAUAUCAUGUGGCGACGUGCAGGGCUCCCUGGCGCCGUGUCUGGCUUACCUCACCGGAGGUGGCGAACCAUCCUCCUCGUGCUGCGGUGGUGUGAGGAGCCUGGCGGGAAGUCUCCAAUCUCAGCAGGACAGGCAAACGGCGUGCUACUGCAUGAAGUCCGCCGCCUCCAGCUUCAAUGUUCGCUCCGACGCCGCGUCCAACCUCCCCGGAAAAUGUGGUGUUUCCAUCGGAAUGACCGUUACUCCCGAUAUUGACUGCAGCAAGGUUUCUUAGAUGAGAUUAGUGUUUGAUUAAGGAAUAAAUAGAUUGAGAGAAAGCUUGGGUUGCAGUGUUGUGUAUAUGGUUUUGUAUUAUAUGUAGCAGUGUGGUUGGGAGCUUU